UGUUGAUUCCUCUUCAACCAACCGACCACGAUGAGCAACUCGAACUUUUUGGACAAAGCCAUUGCGCUGGUGCAAAAGGCGAUCGACGAGGAUGUCAAGCAGAAUUACACGGAGGCAUACAAGCAAUAUCAAGAUGCUCUGGACUAUUUCAUGAUGGCGAUGAAAUAUGAGAAGAACGACAAGCUCAAAGAGUUGAUCAGGAAAAAGUUUACAGAGUACCUUGAUCGAGCGGAGAAGCUCAAGGAACACAUUGCAAAGUCAGAGGAAAAGAGGACGAGAGCGAAGGUGGGAGCUGGUGGUACAGGUGCAGGGGCCGAAUCGGGUGGACCAAGUGUCAAGGGAGAUGAUGAUGAUCCGGAGAUCAAAAAGUUAAGACAGGGUCUGCAGGGUGCCAUCCUAUCUGAAUCUCCGAACGUCGCAUGGGACGAUGUCGCCGGUUUAGCCCAAGCGAAAGAAGCGUUGAAAGAAGCCGUCAUUCUUCCUAUCAAGUUUCCUCAACUGUUCACUGGGAAACGGACGCCUUGGCGUGGAAUUCUUCUCUAUGGACCACCAGGGACGGGAAAGAGUUUCCUGGCCAAGGCUGUGGCUACGGAGGCCAAGAGUACUUUCUUUUCGGUCUCGAGUUCGGAUCUGGUUUCAAAGUGGAUGGGAGAAUCGGAGAGACUCGUCAAGCAGCUCUUCACCAUGGCACGGGAGCAAAAACCCGCCAUCAUUUUCAUCGAUGAGAUAGACUCGUUGACCGGUACCCGAGGCGAAGGAGAGUCCGAGGCGUCCAGGCGUAUCAAGACGGAGUUCUUGGUCCAGAUCAACGGAGUUGGAAAUGACGAUACUGGAGUGCUCGUUCUCGGCGCCACCAACAUCCCAUGGCAACUGGAUCCCGCAAUCAAACGACGAUUCGAAAAACGUAUCUAUAUCCCCCUGCCCGAUGCCCAAGCUCGUCGGCGAAUGUUUGAGCUCAACGUCGGCACCACGCCUCACGGAUUGUCACCGAAAGACUUUAUGACGCUUGCCGAGGACACCGAUGGGUACUCUGGAAGUGAUAUCGCCGUCAUCGUCCGAGAUGCGCUCAUGCAACCCGUCAGAAAGGUCCUAUCGGCGACACACUUCAAAGAGGUGACGGUGGACGGGCCCGAGGGACCUGUGAAAAAGCUCACGCCUUGUUCGCCGGGAGCUGCUGGAGCGGUUGAAAAGACUUGGACAGAUGUCAAUUCCGAAGAGCUCCUGGAGCCAUUGCUUUCGGUCAAGGAUUUCGAGAGGAGUAUACAGGUUAAUAGGCCGACAGUGUCGCAGGCGGAUAUACAGAAACAUGUGGCAUUUACGAAUGAGUCGGGCGGUGAUGGAGUCUGAUGUACAUAUGAUUGGGUUUGUAUCGUGAAUGAAACUUGGUCUCUGACG